ACACUGUAUCAGCUCUGGCCGGCCGUGCUGUAGCUAGCUAGCUGCAGCCAUAUAUAUAUAGCUACCGUCUUCUUCCAUCGAUCGGUUCACCAAUUUAUACAUAUAUAUAUAUAGCCGAUCUCUGGCACUGAAACUGCGAAGAGAUAUGGCGGCGCCAUCAUCUCUUGCAUUCCUCCUGUUCUUUGGUACGUUGCUAGCAUUGCCGCAGUCGUCGCACGGCGCAACCAGAUACUACACCUUCAAUGUGACGAUGCAGAAGGUGACGCGGCUGUGCACCACCCGCGCCAUCCCGACGGUAAACGGCAAGUUCCCGGGGCCCAAGAUAGUCACCAGGGAGGGCGAUCGCGUCGUCGUCAAGGUGGUGAACAAUGUCAAGGACAACGUUACCAUCCACUGGCACGGCGUUCGGCAGCUGCGGACGGGGUGGUCGGACGGGCCGGCGUACGUGACGCAGUGCCCCAUCCAGACGGGGCAGAGCUUCGUGUACAACUUCACCAUCACGGGGCAGCGCGGCACCCUGUUCUGGCACGCGCACGUCUCCUGGUUGCGCGCCACGCUCUACGGGCCCAUCGUCAUCCUCCCCAAGCGCGGCGUCCCCUACCCGUUCCUCCCGGUUAAACCCUACAAGGAGGUCCCCAUCAUCUUCGGAGAGUGGUUCAACGCGGAUCCCGAGGCAAUUAUCGCCCAGGCGCUUCAGACUGGAGCAGGCCCAAAUGUGUCUGACGCCUUCACCAUCAACGGGCUUCCAGGCCCCUUGUACAACUGCUCCAGCAAAGACACGUUCAAGCUGAAGGUGCUCCCCGGCAAGUGGUACCUGCUCCGGCUCAUCAACGCCGCGCUCAACGACGAGCUCUUCUUCUCCAUCGCCAACCACACGCUCACCGUCGUCGACGUGGACGCCUCCUACGUGAAGCCGUUCCACACGGACAUCGUCCUCAUCACGCCGGGCCAGACCACCAACGUGCUCCUGCGCGCCGAGCCCGACGCCGGGUGCGCCGCGGCCACGCACCUCAUGCUGGCGCGCCCCUACGGCACGGGCCAGCCGGGCACCUUCGACAACACCACCGUCGCCGCCGUGCUCGAGUACGCGCCGGCGGCGGCGGCGGGGCACAUCAAGAGCCUCCCGCUCUUCCGGCCCUCGCUCCCCGCGCUCAACGACACGGCCUUCGCGGCCAACUACAGCGCCAGGCUCCGGAGCCUGGCCACACCGGAGUUCCCCGCCACCGUGCCCCGCGCCGUGGACCGCUCCUUCUUCUUCGCCGUGGGGCUCGGCACCAACCCUUGCCCUGCCAACCAGACGUGCCAGGGCCCCACCAACCGGACCAAGUUCACGGCGUCCAUGAACAACGUGUCCUUCACCAUGCCCACCACCGCGCUCCUGCAGGCGCACUACGACAACAUCGCCGGCGUGUACACGGCCGACUUCCCCGUCGCGCCGCUGGAGCCGUUCAACUACACGGGCACGACGCCCAACAACACCAACGUCUCCAGCGGGACCAAGGUGGUGGUGCUGGAGUACAAUACCAGCGUGGAGGUGGUGCUGCAGGGCACCAGCGUCCUGGGCGCCGAGAGCCACCCGCUGCACCUCCACGGCUUCGACUUCUUCGUCGUCGGCCAAGGCUUCGGCAACUACGACUCGUCAAAGGACCCAGCCAAGUUCAAUCUAGACGACCCGGUGCAGAGGAACACCGUCGGCGUGCCGUCCGGUGGUUGGGUCGCCAUCAGGUUCUUCGCGGAUAAUCCCGGUGUUUGGUUCAUGCAUUGCCACUUGGAGGUUCACACAAGCUGGGGGUUGAAGAUGGCAUGGGUUGUCAACGACGGCCCGUUGCCUGAGCAGAAGCUGAUGCCGCCACCGCCCGAUCUUCCCAAGUGUUGAAGAUCGAUCAUGCAUUGACAUAGACCAAGAAUCAAAGAUUGUGAUUCGUUUCGUUCAUAUGAUUUGCAUACACACACUUAUCAGUGAAGAUAUAUAAGUUGUCGUCGUACAUAGCGUACACAACGGUUAAAGAGGCUUGUGAAUUUUCUCUGCGUUAUUUUUCUUCUCCAUUCUUCUAUUCUAAAGGUUUAAAAGGUUGUGUUUUGUGACAGGAAGUCAUUGUUUUACUUUCACAUAGAUUCGUCAUCUGGAGUAGUUCGAAAUCCUUUGUUGUAAUUCGAAGUAACUCAAUAAUAAUAUAUGAUGGUUUGGAAAUGAAUACAAGUUGAAGUGAGAUA